AUGAGUCGCCAAACAGAAGACUCCCAGGACCGGGCCAUCAUCAAAAUCGCAGCUCACUUACCAGACCUCAUUGUCUACGGCGAUUUCUCUCCAGAGCGACCCACUGUGAAAUACUUCGAUGGAGUCUUGAUGUUUGUUGACAUUUCAGGUUUUACUGCGAUGACUGAGAAGUUCAGCAGAGCGAUGUAUAUGGACCGAGGGGCCGAGCAGUUGGUGGAGAUCCUGAACCACUACAUAAGUGCGAUAGUGGAAAAAGUGUUAAUGUUUGGAGGAGACAUCCUAAAAUUUGCAGGUGAUGCUCUGCUAGCCCUGUGGAAGGUGGAACGAAAGCAGCUGAAGAAUAUUAUCACGGUGGUAAUUAAAUGUAGCCUGGAGAUCCAUGGAUUGUUUGACACCCAGUUAUCCGAAGAAGGCCUAGAUAUCCGGGUCAAGAUAGGAUUGUCUGCUGGCCACAUCAGCAUUUUGGUCUUUGGGGAUGAAACACGCAACUACUUUCUGGUGAUUGGUCAGGCCGUGAAUGAUGUACGCUUUGCACAGAACAUGGCCCACAUGAAUGAAGUCAUUCUGUCACCAAACUGCUGGCAGCUCUGUGACCGGAACUUGAUUGAAAUUGAGAGAAUUCCAGACCAGAGGGCAGUUAAGGUUAACUUCUUGAAACCACCCUCUAGUUUCAAUUUUGAUGAAUUUUUCACAAAGUGUAUGAAUUUCAUGGAAAAUUAUCCUUCUGGAGAUCACAAAAACCUCCUGAGGCUGGCGUGCAUGCUGGAGUCUGACCCGGACAUGGAGUUGUCCCUACAAAAGUACAUAAUGGAAAGCAUCUUGAAGCAGAUCGAUGACAAACAGCUUCAGGGUUAUUUGUCUGAGCUUCGCCCGGUGACAAUCAUGUUUGUGAACCUGAUGUUUAAGGACCAAGACAAACCAGAGGACAUAGGCCAGGCCAUCCAGGAUUCCUGUGUGCACAUCACUUCUGUCCUGAGGAUCUUCCGAGGCCAAAUCAAUAAAGUCUUCAUGUUUGACAAGGGCUGCUCCUUCCUCUGUGUCUUUGGUUUCCCUGGGGAAAAGGCACCUGAUGAGAUCACUCAUGCUUUGGAAAGUGCUGUGGAUAUAUUUGAUUUCUGCUCUCAGAUCCACAGAAUCCAGAAUGUGUCCAUCGGGGUUGCCAGUGGGAUUGUCUUCUGUGGAAUUGUCGGACACUCUGUAAGACACGAAUACACAGUCAUUGGUCAAAAGGUCAACAUAGCCGCCAGAAUGAUGAUGUAUUAUCCAGGAAUGGUAACCUGUGAUUCUGUUACCUACAAUAGCAGCAACCUACCAGCCUACUUUUUUAAAGAGCUUCCAAAGAAAAUUAUGAAAGGUGUUGCGGAUUCUGGACCAGUCUAUCAGUGUUUGGGCCUUAAUGAGAAAGUCAUGUUUGGUUUGGCGAACCUCAACUGCAACAGAAAUGAGGGUUACCCUUUGCUGGGACGUGAUAAGGAGAUCAAAUACUUCAUGUGCAUUAUGAAGGAAUAUUUGCUGUGUAAUUGUAGCCGAAUCCUGAUGUAUGAAGGAUUAUCAGGCUAUGGAAAAAGCCAGAUACUUAUGGAAAUCGAUUACCUGGCCCAAGGUGAGAACCACAGGACUAUUGCUAUCACCUUGACCAAGGUCAACUUCCAUCAAAAUUUUUACACCAUCCAGAUACUCAUGGCAAGUGUGCUGGGUUUGGACACGUGCAAACACUAUAAGGAACGGCAGACCAACCUCCAGAAUAAAGUCAACAGGCUGUUGGAUGAAAAGUUCUACUGUCUCCUCAAUGAAAUUUUCCAUGUUCAGUUUCCCAUUUCACGGGAGGCCUCUAAGCUGAGUUUCUUGAAAAGGCAAAAGCAACUGGAAGCAUUAUUUAUGAAGAUCUUGGAGCAAACAGUGAAAGAAGAAAGGAUUAUUUUCAUCAUUGACGAGGCCCAGUUUGUAGACUCAGCCUCGUGGAACUUUUUGGAGAAGCUGAUCCGAACUGUCUCCAUCUUCAUCAUCAUGUCCCUGUCUCCCUUCCUCGACAUCCCCUGUGUUGCGGCCAGCGCUAUCAUGAAGAACAGGAACACCACCUACAUCAGCCUUGGGGCCGUUCAGCCGAAAGACAUCCUCAACAAGAUCUGCCUCGACCUCAAUGUGAGUGGCAUCCGCAAAGAACUGGACUCGUACCUGGUAGAGGGAAGCUGUGGGAUUCCAUUUUACUGUGAAGAAUUGCUAAAAAACCUCGAUCAUCAUAAGAUACUCCAUUUCCAACAUAUGGAGUCUGAGGAAAAGGCAAAUAUGAACUGGAAUAACCUGUUCAAGAAUUUCACUAGGCCAACUGAGGAAUUAAAUAUGCUUCUUGCCAAUAUUGAAGAGGAAAGUGGAGAAGUCUGUACCAUUGCUAGUGGUGUUAGAUUGAGAAACUUGUCACCCCCAGCAUCAUUAAAAGAAAUCUCUCUGGUCCAGCUGGACAGCAUGAGCCUUUCCCACCAGAUGUUGGUAAGAUGCGCUGCCAUUAUUGGUCAGACCUUCACGACAGAGCUGCUGUUUGAGAUCCUCCCUUGUUGGAACAUGAAGAUGAUGAUCAAAGCCCUGGCAACCUUAGUGGAAUCCAGCAUCUUUGACUGCUUCCGCAGUGGCAAAGAGCUCCAGAUGGCUCUGAAGCAACACACAGGCUCCUUUGAAGUGCAUUUUCGCUCCUUGUCUCUGAAGAACAAUGGUGGGAUAACUCUUCAUGAAGAGGAGGAGCUUCGAGAACUGGAAAGUGAGGUGAUUGAGUGCCACAUCAUUCGAUUCUGCAAGCCUAUGAUGCAGAAAACAGCCUAUGAGCUGUGGCUGAAGGACCAGAAGAAAGCCAUGCACUUGAAGUGUGCCCGCUAUCUAGAAGAGAAGGCUCACAGAUGUGACCACUGCAGAAGUGGGGACUUCAUUCCUUAUCACCACUUCACAGUGGACAUUCGACUCAACACGUUGGACAUGGACAUGAUUAAGGCGAUGGCGUUGGCCCACGGCCUUAAAUCUGAAGAAGAGAGCACCUUUUCCAUAUCAGGGAUUCCUAUGAAAUCUGACAUGUUUCCUGAUGACCUCAGUGCCGAAGAAAUAAGAGAGAAGCUCUUGGAGUUCUUCGACGCCACUGUCAGGAAAAUGAGGACUGCCGAGGAAGACAUCAUCCCCUUGGAGUCUUGCCAGUGUGAGGAGAUCUUAGAGACGGUCAUCUUACCUCUGGCCCACCACUUUCUGGCUUUGGAGGAGAACCACAAAGCCUUGUAUUACUUCCUCGAAAUCGCAUCUGCUUAUAUCAUCAUGAAUGAUAAUUAUAUGGCGUAUGUGUAUUUAAAUGAGGCAGAAAAGUUGCUGAAGACUCUCAAGAGGCAAAAGACUUGGAGUCAAACUUUCGAGGCUGCCACGUUCUUAAGCCUUAAGGGUCAGGUCUGUUUCAACAUGGGCAACAUGGUACUUGCCAAGAAAAUGCUGAGGAAGGCUCUGAAGCUGCUCAAUCGAAGAUUUCCUAUCACCUUAUUCUCUUUGUUUGUCCAUUCCCACAUUGAGAAAAACAGGCACUUUCGUUAUUUGAAUCAGCAGACUCAACAGAGUCCACCUCCAAGGAAGAAGAAGUUGGCACAAUUUCACCGACAAAUCAUCUGCUUCGCUUUGCUGUGGAAGAUUUAUAGUGCAAAUUAUUUUUUUCACUAUAAAUAUUAUGCCCACUUGGCAGCUAUGAUGCAAAUUAAUACCGCACUGGAAACUCAAGAUAAUUUUCAGAUCGUGAAGGCGUACCUGGACUAUUCCAUGCACAAUCAUCUGGUUGGCUGUGAAGACUUAUGGUUCAAGUACGAACUCAUGGCCAUGGAGCUGAUCUUCAGCCUCCCCCUGAAAGGCAAGGGUAUCGAAAUUGUGUCAUAUGUGGCGGAGACACUGAGUUACAUCAAGCUCCUCAUGGGUCAUCUGGACUUGGCCAUUGAGCUAGGCUCCCGAGCUCACAAGAUGUGGGCACUGCUCCGGAAUCCCAACAAGCACUACCUGGUCCUCUGUAGACUGAGUACUGCUCUCCUCCUGAAAUGCAGAUAUAAACAAUUGAUCCAGGUGCUCGGGUGGCUGUGGGAUCUUUCUGUAGCUGAAGAGCACAUCUUUAGCAAGGCCUAUUUCUAUUUUGUCUGCCUGGACAUCAUGCUUUAUUGUGGCUUUAUUUAUAGACCGUUUGAAGAAUGUUUGGAUUUCAUCUACCAAAAUGAAGACAACAGAAUCCUCAAGUUCCAAAGUGGCAUCUUGCUGGGCCUGUACUCGUGUGUGGCUAUCUGGUAUGCUAGACUUCAAGAAUGGGGCAAUUUUCGAAUAUUUUCCAAUAAAGCUAAAGUUCUAGUGCCAAGAAGAACCCCAACCUCUCUUUACUGUGACGGAAUCAGUAGGUACCUAGAGGCACAAGUUCUCUACCUUCAAAACCAAAUUGAAGGGCAAGCUGAGAACGCCCAGGACAGCGGGGUUGAGACACUCAAGAACCUGGAGUGCAUGGUGGCUCAAAAUGCCACUGGCCCUGUCUUCUACCCGAGACUCUACCACCUGAUGGCUUAUAUCUGCAUCCUCAUGGGAGAUGGCGUGAACUGUGACUUCUUUCUGACCUCAGCCCUACAGUUUUCUGAACUCCAUGGCAAUAUUCUGGAGAAACACUGGCUGAUCAUCAGCAAAGAGUGGUGGUACUCCGGCUCUGAGUCCACGGAAGACCAAUGGCUGCAAACAAUCUUGACCUUUCCCACCUGGGAAAAAAUUGCAUCAGGCAAGGUAAACAUACAGGACAUCCAUAAAAACAAAUUCCUGAUGAAGAUCAAUAUCCUGGACAACCCUUUCUAG